AUGGCUUUGGAUGAUGACAAGAAUUCCGACGUUGAGUCUAAACCAUCGUCUUCAGCUGCAGGGGAGGAGGAUGAGGAAGAAUCUCGACUCGAUUUGGGUCCCAAAUGCAGCAUCCGAGAGCAUCUCGAGAAGGACAAGGAUGAUGAAAGCUUGAGGAGGUGGAAAGAGCAGCUGCUGGGUAAUGUAGAUGCUGAAGUUGUUGGAGAUGCAGAGGUUCUGGAAGCAGAUGUGAAGAUACUGAGCCUUACAAUCCUGUCUCCAAAUAGGAAUGAUCUUGUUCUUGAAAUUCCAGAUAAUGGUGGUCCAAAAGGAUUAUGGUUUACUUUGAAAGAAGGAAUCCAUUACAGUCUCAGAUUCUCUGUUCAGGUCAGAAACAAUAUCGUCUCUGGUCUCAGGUACACCAACACCGUCUGGAAAACUGGUAUUAAAGUUGAUAGCUCAAAGGAGAUGCUGGGAACGUUCAGUCCUCAGCCCGAUCCUUACACUCAUCAGAUGCCUGAAGAGAUUGCCCCAUCUGGUAUGUUUGCAAGGGGAACAUAUUCAGCAAAAACUAAGUUUGUUGAUGAUGACAACAAGUGUUACCUGGAAAUGAACUACAAUUUCGAUAUCCAGAAAGAUUGGCCGCGAUAGAUCAAUCUCCAUAAGUUCAUCUCCCAACA